AAAUGUGGGAGGUAGGACCUGUGAGGCUGGCGGAGAGCGCUGCUGCCGCUGCGAGCUGGAAACUACUGAAUGGGAAUCUAUCCGGCAACUUCACCAGACCGCUGUCUCACGGCGACACGGGGGCUCUGCGUAAAACCAAGCGGAGCGUCUCCAAGUCUGGGUCAGCCCAACUCACAGAGAGUGAGUACGGUCAAGUUGGAUCGGCCGAGCAGCUUUUUACUUGUUACAGGCGCUGGGCUCUCACUAACAUGCCUGCCAUCAAAAAGGAGAGGCUAGAUGGAGACGACAUGGCAUUGACUGCGUUCAACCAGUCCGAAUACUUGGCUCCUUUAAAUGCCACUGCUAUCCCCGUGGUGACCCCGCAUCCUCCGCCGUACGACCACAUUUUCGCCCAUCACCGCGCGUACUUGGGGCUUCACGAGUCGGCGCUUCAUCAUCAGCACCUCCACCAUCACACGGACGACUUAAUGCUGGAGAGGUUCUCCUCCAUCCCUGACUUUCAGCCUUUCUUCGACAACGGGGAGCCGUGUAUCGAGGUGGAGUGCGGGGAAAACAAGGCUUUGCUUUAUAUCAGUAAACUGUGUCAAGGUAGUAAGGGACCCUCAAUUAAAUACAGGGGUGAGUGGCUCACCCCCAACGAGUUCCAGUUUGUCAGUGGACGAGAGACCGCCAAAGAUUGGAAACGGAGUAUUAGACACAAAGGGAAAAGUCUCAAGACUCUUAUGUCCAAAGGAAUCUUGCAGGUGCAUCCUCCAAUCUGUGAUUGUCCUGGCUGUCGAAUUUCAUCUCCAGUGAAUCGUGGGCGCUUGGCUGAGAAACGCACCAUCCCCCUUCCCCCAAACCGGGUGCCCAAGAAGGAGCUGGCCUCUAUCUUCAGCAGUGACGACAGUGAAGGCAGUGAACGGGCUAGUGGGGAUCAUGCCCACAUCAAGCAGGAGGACGACUUGCAUUACAGUAUCAUGAGAAAGAGUCGUGACAGUGACCUUUCUACAAUCAUCUCCAAUCUGCACCACACCAGACAGCACGGCAUGCCCGAGGGCCAGUCAGCCUCUGACCACAACACCAAUACUGGACACACAGAUGACCUUCUAGGCAAGAGAAGAAGCUUCUCACCCAACAGCAUCAGCGAGUGUCCGUCUGACAGCAAGAAGUCACGCAGCGUAUCCCCCAAAGAAAGCUCUCAGAGCCCUGUGGUGGAGGCAGGCUGCCACGGCCACAUGAGCCCCGAGGAGCACUACAGGCGCAUGAUGUCAGCACUCAGCGAGCAAGGGUCCUAUGAGGAGCAGCAGCAACGUCUCUACCAGCUGGCGAGCAGCAUGGGUCUGCCUGGCCACGACAUGCUCCGUGCUCGCCAAGAGGCGCUGGCUGCAACAGUGAGGAAUCCAGCAGCCUUAGAAGCUCACCUGCCCUCAGCGGGCAGCUCCUCUUCUUCCAGUCAGAGACGCAAGCAGGGUCUGCCGCAGCACCGGGACGCACAUUACACCGACAGGGACCUGGUCCACCCUCCACCCCUACUAUCCCCUCCAACUGCCCCUCAUAUCGCCUUAGGACCUCACCUGCGGCCACCGUUCCUGGGCAUGCCCUCUGCUCUUUGCCAGGCCCCUGGUUAUGGUUUCCUCCAGCCAGCUCAAGCUGAGAUCUUUGCUCGGCAACAGGAGAUGUUGAGGAAGCAGAACCUGGCCAGACUUGAGAUGUCAGCAGAGCUACUGAGACAGAAGGAGCUGGAGAGUCUCCACCAGCGACAGCAGCAGCAGCGUCUUGUGGGCUCUGACCCUCUGGGAGCGCUACCUCUGGGCCUGCCCCCUGACCAUCCAGCCCUGCGGAGCCUCCAAGACAUCCCAGAGGGCCAUCCACUCCGUGAGGAACUGGUUCGGCGCUCAAACACAAUGCUGGUGCUUCGCCACGGGGCUGCCACGCCUCUUCUAACCCUCAACCACCAGCAGCAACAACCAGGGGUGUCCUCCACAUCCAAAGGCACCCAGGCACAGAGCUCCACCACUGGGCCAGAUGCUGAGUCCAGGAAGGCCCCUCACAGGGGUCCAAAGACACAGCUCCGUGCUGAGGAUCACACAAGAGGAAGAGUGGACAGAGGAAGGGAGGGAGACAGAGAGGUGCAGGACGAGGACAUGAAGGACUCUGACAGUGAGACAGAGAUGUGUGAAGAGAGGCAGGAGGGCGUCGGUGCCAAAUCCAACAGUAAACCCAGGGACAAGGACAGAGACAGGAGUAAAGACACUGGCAGCAAGGGAGUGUAUCACAGUGCCAAGGAAGCUGGAGAGAACUCAGGCAGGCUGAGUGCCCCAUGUAGCUCAGUAGGUACAGAGUCGCCCAGUCGCCUCCUCUUCACCCCUGGACUGGGCAAGGCUGAUGCCAAGUACCACCUGCCACCUGGGUUCAUGCCACCGCUGCCUGCUCUUCACGCCCAGAUGUUGCCGUUUGGAUUCCCCUAUGCUAACCCUUACUUUCAUGCAGGCUCUAUGGGAGGUCUUUUCAUGGAUGGGGAGGACUCAGCCACAGCAAACCCAGUGGAGGACGUCAGCAAGUGGAGUGUGGAAGACGUGUGUGGUUUCAUAAGCAGUCUGGCUGGAUGUGCCGAAUACACACAGGUGUUUCGGGAGCAGGCCAUCGAUGGAGAGACACUGCCGCUGCUCACUGAGGAGCAUCUGCUCAACACCAUGGGACUAAAGCUGGGGCCUGCGCUCAAGAUCCGCUCACAGGUGGCACGCCGUGUUGGCAGACUUUUCUACAUGACUGGAUUCCCACUAGCACUCCCGUUUCCACCUUCUGCUGCUCUGCGCCCCCCAGAACGGGACCGGGACCCUCUGAGCACACAAUCUGACACCCCCCUGCCCCUCUCACUGUCCCUGCCCCACAGACCCACUUCUACCAGCAGCAGCUCCUCUCCCUACAGUGGUCCUACCCCAGGGUGCUCCUCCCCCAAGCAGGAAAGCAGCAACAGCUCCACGGUGGCGGGAAGGUACGAGGCCAAAUCUCCUUCGUAGGAGCGGACAGAGCAAACUAACCAGACAGCCUCAGAGAUUUACUCACAGGCUCUAUUUACUAGACAGCCCCCACUACCCCCACCACCAUGGGACCUUUACGCUGAAAUCUAUAAGAACAUAUUGGACUGGAAUAAACAAACAACUGGAUGAUAUAGACUGAAUCUGGCAAACCAAUCAGCUUCUGAGUUCGUCUGCAGUGGCUGUAGCUGUGCAGAAUCCAAAGAAAAGGGUUGGAAGGGAAACACAAAGUGACAGAGGAACAGAGAAAGAGGAGGAAAAGGAGACAGCUGGUCACAGACAGCCUGCCAAAAAAAGGAGUGAAGCCCUGCCACAAAUGUGACAUUCUUGCAAGUCAGACGCUAGCGGAAACUCUUCCUUCCUUCCUGGGCUGCAGGAAGCUGUGCUCGCUCACUCGCUCUGUCUGUAUCUCCCUGCCUGCUCUCACCACAAGCCCUGCAGAACCCAGGAAUUAAAAGAGAUGCUUCUCCUCUCUUCUCCCUCCCUCCCAUUUCCCAGGCCAAACAGCAGCAUGGAGCUGUCUUUUUUUGGAGGCUGCACUAGAAACGUAUGCUGAGCAGCACAAGAUCUGACCAGCUCCUUCUUAUCACUGCAACUAUGCAUUCCACUGUCCCAAUACCAAAGAUGACCGGAUGUGUGGAAUUGGAAUCAUGUUUCACAAUGUCUCAGCUUCUUUUUUGCAUUAACACUCUCAGUGAACAACUGGUCCAGCAGGGGAAUGCAAGACUAGUUUCUCACAUGAGGGACUUUUGGAGGUGACACAGGUAGAACUUUUAUACAAAGGCUUAAAAAUGUUGGUGAAAUGGAGAAGCCUCUGGUGUGUACAGCUUGUGCUGACUACCAUGGGAGGUAAGCAAAACAUGCAAAAUUGUACAGAACCAUGCUUAAGAUGAAAAUAUCCUGAAGGUUAUAUACGUGGUACUUUUUGUUAAAUGUAGUUGCACGAAUAAGGUUUUCUUUACUGACAAAUGUGACUUACUGAACUUUGGUGGUACUUUGGUUCACUUUUUGUUCCGCCUUUUUUUUUUUUUUUUUUUAAGUAUAAUAAUAAACGCUCCAAUCUUGAAUGCUAUUUCGGCAUAUAAAUGAGGAAAAAAUAUUUAUAGGACUUUAGAUGUAGUAGAUACAGCAGAUGGAGAGGUAUUGUAACUAGCUCUUAUGAUGGAUUCCAAAGAUACUUUUACUUGGUUUUCUCUUGGUUGCAGGGAAAAGAAAGGCACAAAGCUCUUAAUGCAAAUGUUUUGAUUUUGUUAUGGAAUUUUUUUUAAAACUACACAAGCAAUGAAUUAAAUGGUCUCUAGUUUCCCUUCAAAUGUUUUGUCUUCAUCCUAUUUUUCUAUUCACCACACAGGUGAAAUAAAUCCUAAAGAAACCCCUCCGCCUUCUAUUUCUCUCGUAUGUGUGCCUGUGUCAGACGACGUAUACACUGAUCA